CAAACGUGACAAAUGCAAGGAAGUAAUCAUAAUAACGAUAUGUGUUCAUUCAUAUACUAUCUUAGUCGUGGAAUUUAUCUAAGAGGGCAGUAAAUAACGACAAGAUGGCGCUGUGACAUUUACGAGUAGAACCAUCUGACACUGACUCACUGAGUCGCCACUGACGAUCAGAUUGGAAAUGGCGGCCGUCUACAGUUCCGUUCUGACCAAACUACCAAGUUGUCUUCGGACUAAAGUUCUUCGUUACACAUUUGUGUUCACCCUGUUGUUUACGUUGACCUUGGGCGAUGGUAUUCGUGUUAACCUCUUGAGGUCACGCCGGCUUGUCAACGCGGCCCUACGGAUCAAGGACGUGAAAUUCUUUUCCCAGCAAGAGGAUAACUUGAGUGGCAAGCCAGGGCAGGGGUACUUCAUUGAAGUCGAGAUUGGGACGCCACCGCAGAAGCUUAAUGUCUUAGUUGACACUGGGAGCAGCAACUUUGCUGUGGCCUCAGCACCUCAUGUUGACAUCACCAAAUACUUCCACAAAGACAGGUCCUUCGGGUAUAGAGACAUAGGCACAACCAUCUAUGUGCCGUACACCCAGGGCAACUGGAAGGGGACCUUAGGAAGCGAUAUCGUGCAGUUCACCUCUCUCCCCAACGUCUUGGUUCGUGCUAAUAUAGCAGGAAUCUGGAGUUCCGAAAAGUUCUUCAUCAACGGGUCGAAUUGGCAAGGCAUUCUUGGAAUGGGCUAUGCCACCAUUGCUAGGCCGGAUUCAUCAAUAGUGCCAUUCUUCGAUUCGAUGACGGAGUCCACAGAAAUCGAAGACAUCUUUUCUAUGCAGCUGUGUGGGAUUGAGGACUCGAAGAAUAAGACGGAUGUCAGCAUGGGGGGAUCUUUGAUUUUAGGAGGCAUGGACGAAAAUUUAUAUAAUCCACCACUUUUCUACACGCCUGUAUAUAAAGAGUGGUACUAUGAGGUGGUGAUUACAGAUAUACUUGUUAAUAAAAGAACUUUAGGAAUGGACUGUAAAGAGUAUAACUUUGAUAAAAGUAUAGUAGACAGUGGUACGACAAAUUUGCGAGUGCCUAAAAAAGUGUUUAGUCAGCUUGUCCAAUUAAUACGAUCAGAGGUCAAUGUGGUGCUCCCAAAUCCUCCGCCGGAUAAGUUCUGGUCGGGGAUGGACAUCCUCUGCUGGGCACAGGAUCGCACGCCAUUCGAUGCAUUUCCCAUGAUCACCAUGAGUUUACUCAUGAAUAAAAAUACCACAUUCAACAUCAACAUCUCACCUCAGCAAUAUCUACGAGCCAUAGGCAACUCAUACGACACAUCAGAAUAUCAAGAUUGCUUCAAGUUUGCGGUCACAGCCUCAACGACUGGGACUGUACUCGGUGCUGUCGUCAUGGAGGGAUUCUACGUCGUAUUUGACAGGGCGCAGAAACAAGUCGGUUUUGCUCAAUCGAAAUGUAACGCCAGGGAUGUGACCAAGAGACGGUCAUUCGUGGAUGGACCUUUCACUGUAAAUGCCGACAUAGAAUCGUGCGUCUACAUCAAGCCCCAGAAUGAUCAGACGACGUUGAUGACGGUCGCCUACGUCAUGGCGGGAAUCUGUGGCUUGUGUAUAAUUCCCGUCUUCGUUUCACUCGUCCAAUGGCAGAUUCAACGUUGUCGCCGGAAAAGACAAUCGAUUACCGACGUGGAUGGUUUGCUCAAGGAAUAGAACUCUGAAUACAAUCAUUUAGUUUUAAAGAAGACUUUAGGCACCAGCCACGUGGGCCAGAUUGUUAUGUUUCCUAAGUGACCAACAGGUGAAUAGACUGUCUUGCAUUUUGUAGAGAAAGGUGCCAAGAACCAAAAUAAUACGGGGUUGAAUUGACUGUCUCAAUAGAUUUUCACGAGUGCCAUCUUCUGGCAAGGUUUGGUACUAUAGUUGGUGCACACCCCUCAUAUUUUCUCCUAUCACCAAUACCUUUUGUACAGUUCUACUUUGGUGAUUUUAGAAAAACUGAGGAGAAUGUUGAGCUCACUCUUCUGUAAAUAUGGGGCCAUCGAUUUAAUAAUGAUAAAACAUAACCCAAGAUGGUGUUUACUUGAACAUGUUUAUUAUACUUUUAACGGAGGACGGUGUUUCGACAAUUUGAAGUCAUUUUAGGGCAAAUCAAUACUUAAGACUAAAGCCAUAGUAAAACUUUACACUUAAAAAUACAGAUCUUUUCAAUUUACAUGAGAUAAAUGUUGUCAAAUGGUUUGUUUAAAACAGCAAUACGUUUAUCCAAGAAACAAGCAGUACUAAGACUUGCUUGAUGGUUGUUUAUAAAAAUACAUGCAUCUGUACAGGGGACUGUUACUGUAAACUCACUCAGGAACUGUCACAACUCAAGCUGCAGACCUUUGAAAUGGAGAAAGCCACAGCCAAUUUGGUUCUGCCAUCAAAAGGACAUGUCAGCUCCUGACUGGUUUUACAGUACACCCAACAAGUGGAUGGAGUUGUCAAAUUCUGCUUGGUGGUUUGUCUAAUUAUAUGAUUUUAAUCCAUGUAUAUGCCUGGGCUGGUGGCAAAAACAUAAAAAGAGCUUGUCUUAUAUAUUUUUGCCAGUGGUCUCAUGUCCACAAGAUCAGUGCUCUUGGUCCUGUGAGAUCCAGUAGUCUGGAAGGGAUGUAUCAAGGUGCUGAAGUCUCUUGUUCAUUGAUAUUAUCAAAUCUAACCCGAUUGUAUACGACUGUUUAAAACGGUGUUUGGUUCAAAUGAGAUCAAUUUAAUAGGUGCUUACUUUAUAGGCAAAUGUUACAGUUUGAUGUAUAUUUUAUCAAACAUGCAGGUCUAAAACUCUGUUCUGUGGAUUGUUUUUAUAAAGGUGUUAGACCAAAAGGUUAUUUAGCGAUUGAUUCACUGUUGAAAGUUAGUUGUUAUUCUAAACGUCAGUUUAUAUCAAGAUUGAGAGAAUUCUAAAGGCCCAGUUCCAAUUCACCAUGUGCACUUCUGAAUUUUAUCUCCCCUUUGUGCAAGUCAAGCUAUAUUGUAAUAGCACAUGACUUCUAACAUGUUAAUAUACUGGAUCACUAUGAAAGAAUGGAUACACAGGAGUACUUUGACUUUAACUAAAGUACUUGUACAUAGUUUAUGGUUAAUGUUAUUGGUAAUAAUGAUGUUUAGUUUGAAAUGUUUACAAAUUAAUGUGAUCAGGCUGACAGUUGAGGCAGUAGUAGCCUUGAUCACUUCAAGAACUGGGGGGAUGUGAUUCAUGUAUUGUGGGGCCAACCAUUAAGUAUGUAUCCUGUAAAGGGAGAGGGUACAAGAUGUAUUUAUGUGCACACGGCAGCUAUCUUAUGAAUACAGGAAGAAGGGGCCAAAAUGCUGUGAUUUUCUUGCAUAUAUACUCAAUGGUUAGCCACCCCUAUUGGAGCUUUGCAUCAGGCAUCGGUAGGCCUAUGAAAUCCAAUGUGCUUGUCUUGGAUUCUACUUGUUGACGAUUCAAAGAUGCAAAGAGGUCUAGAAUAAGACUGUUUUAAGGAGUAAUUCUGGGUCAACACGAUGCAUAUGUAAUAAUGCCAUCAUACAUGUACAUCUAGUCAUCGUGUUCUUGAAGUCACUCCUGCCCAUUAACAGAUAAAAACUGUUAUGGCCUUUUUGGAGUUUGGUCCAAUGUGUUUAGAACUCUGUAUACUUAGUUACAGUACUGUUAUGCUAAUAGUAUUGUUCUCUGGAAAUAUUGGAAGAAAUUAAAUAACAAGAUCAGUUUA